AAAACAUAGAACGGCAAAAGAGCUGUCAACACUGUCAGUGUUGACAGUUCUCUGUGUGCCUGUGCUUUUGUUUAAAUCCAUGUUUUCUCAUAAUUACGUGAUAUAUUACCAUUACUUAAAAAUAGAAGGGUUUAUCUCUGCCUAAAAAUGACUGCUAAACCAACCAAAAGAUUGAUGUUUUCCGAGGCACAUUGCCACAGUUUGGUAGAUAUCGUUCUGAGAUACAAAAAUAUUGUUGAGUGCAAGAGGACAGACGCCGUAACGUGGAAACAAAAGGCAGCAGCUUGGGAGAAAAUUGCUGAGCUAUACAACUCUGCCACAACCGAAUCACGAACAGCUGAUCAACUCAGGUGUAAAUUUGAUAAUUUGAAAAAAGAAGUACGCAAGUAUGAAGCUAACAGGAGGCAAAAUUUGUUGAGGACUGGUGGUGGUGCUGAUGAGAGAAAUCUGAAGAAAGCCGUGAUUAUGCUUUACGAGAAAAUUAAAAGUAUUAUUGGCUUAUCAGUGCAUGGAUUGCAGCCAUCUGUGGGUGACAGCGAUGAUGCCUCAUUUGAAAAUAAAGAAGAAGCGGCAUCUGUUUGUAUGGACGAGUCAAAUAAAAAUACAGAAAAUGUACAUGAAGAGGAUGUUGAUCUUGCAUCAAUGUCUAUAGUGUUAAAUGAAGGUGAUAGUUUUGACAAAAUUUAAAACAAAUGCAUUUGUACAAUUUUCACAAUUUCAGAUUCUGAAAGCAACACAGAAGCUUUAGAACAGACAUGUGAGUUACAAACACCGUCUGUACCAGUACCACAGCAAUCCCCUCUGGCAGUUAAAGUGAUACAUGAUUGGUCUGAUUACACACCAAGACACUUACAAUCAAGGAAACACAGAGUCCUUCAAGGAAAAAGAAAAAGGAGUGAAGAACAGUCAUCGAAAGAGGGCCUAACAUCUCUAAAAAGGAAGUUGUUAGACGAAGAAGCUGCAAGAAACAAAGAACACCAUGAACAAAAAAUGAAAAAUGAGCAGGAACUACACGAGUUGAAAGCUAAAAACUUGCAGCUCCAAAAUAAAAAAUUAGAAUAUGAAAUUUUACUAUUGCAGAAACAAAUUGAUGCAUAAUCAAUAAAGUAUUAAUAAAACUUAGAAAGUUGUUUUUCUGGUGUAGGAUAGAAAAUAAAUUUAUAAUGAAAAAUAUAAAUCCC